UUCAUGAUCUUCAUCCUUGUUUACUGCUCCGCCGGUAUCUCUGGAGGGCAUAUUAAGCCAGCAGUAACAUUUGGGCUUUUCAUAGCCCGUAAAGUGUCACUAAUCCGUGCUGUGAUGUACAUGGUGGCUUUAUGCUUGGGUGCAAUGUGUGAAGUAGGGCUAGUAAAGGCCUUCCAAAAGUCUUACUAUGUGCAGUAUGGUGGUGGGGCGAACGAGAUUGCCGAUGGCUACAGCAAAGGUGUGAGUUUGGCAGCUGAAAUUAUUGGUACCUUUGUCCUUGUCUACACUGCUUUCUCUGAUACUGACCCCAUGAGAAGUGCCAGAGACUUCCAUGUCCCCGUAAGUUCACCUGUUUUACUUGGAGAAGAGAGUAUUAUUAGAAGUACUAUAGAAAUUGUUCUCAAUUCUCUUGUUAACCCACAUGGAAAACGUUCUAAUUGA